GUGUGUUGCUCUCAUCUCAGUCUCCGCGGCACGCACGGAGAUAGCAGGAGCGCAGUCUUCAGUCUCGUGCUGCACAGUGAGCGAAAAGAAGAAGAAAAUAGAAAGAAAAAUAAACAAAAGGAAAAAAAAACUUUAUUUGAGUCAGGAAGAAAAAGAAAUGAAAGAAGAAAAAGACGCGUGAUCUUCAAAGCCUUGGAAACAUUAAUGAUGUUGCGUAAAACGAGUGGGUAACUUCGGCUGAAGCGGCGUGUUUAGUGAGAGGCUCUUAUAGCAGCAGCAAUAAGCAAACAUGGCGCUGCGAGGCAUUACGGGGCUGCAAUAAUUGCAGGAGUUCGUGGACCGUCGCCACCUGUACUAACUACCCUGGCAUUAUACACUAAAACCUGAAGUUGCUGUCAGUCCACGGAAUAUCGACAUUGCAAGGAUCGGGAUUCUUAUACACAGGUCUGUAAUUCUGAGGAUGUCUAGAUUUUCUUUUAUUUUUAGCGCACAGUGUCCUCCCUACUGGAAAUACAUCGUGACUCGUUGGAUCGCUAGAGAUAAAGUGUUGACUUAUCGGUAUGUGCAUCAUUAGAAAGGGAUAUUAAAAAGGAUUGCGGAAACGUAAAAUCUUCUAAUUGAUGAAUCUAGGUGGAUUGCAUAUGCUAAAAAAAGUAAUUUAUUUUGUAAACAGGACCUUGAUUUUGUUCUUAGCGGCACGGGAUAUCAGAGUCAACUACGAGGAGAGUAUUGGCUUGGAUUUUUUUUUCGUUAGAAAAACAUACACGGCCAGUGUCUGUUUUGAAUUCUUGUGGUUUUAAAACUCGAUCAGAGCCUUCCAAUCACACCAGUUAGUGGUCAGAACCCCACGGAUUUAUAUUCACCUUAUUUCUGAUUCAGGAGCGAGUCUCGGAAUAGAAAGGCGCCGCAGCACGAAGGGACGUCAUGCUCUCUGCAACACCCUUGUAUGGAACCGUUCACAGCUGGAUGAACAAUGAGAGGGUCCGCAUGUGUGGAAUUAACGAGGAGAGGAAAGUCCCGGUAGCUGAUGGAGAAUCCCAGAAAAGCAGGUUGGAAUUGAGGGAAGAGAAUCACCUUGCACCCAACAUGGUGGACGCCAGUGCAGCACGGAGGAACACGCUGGCAGCCCUCAGCAUGGACCGGAGCAGUCUGAUGGGUGUCCACGGGGGUAUGAUUUACCCAGGGAUCCGGGCACUCUCCACUGGCACUGACAAGAGUAGGGAGGGCAUGCCCUUGGGUUACAUCAGUGACCGCAUGCCAGAGUUGCGCUACAAACCCAUAGCAGCUGUGUCUCCAGAGUCACCUCUGGAAAACGGGAAGCAUUCCAACGGCUAUGGCGGCCUCUACAAGACCUCUCCUCCAGGACUGCAGAAGCCAGUGAUGGUCCCUGGUGGGGGAGAGGCUCUGGGGUUAGACCGUCGAUCGGUUGUUGAAAAACACACUGAACUGGGCCUGAACGGCAGCAGCUACUUCCGACUCCCCUGGGUCAGCCCUUACCUCGAGGCUGGAGUAUACCCCUUCCUGGACCCUGCAAACAAAUAUGCACUUAGCAUGUACAAGGCGUCCUUUCUUUCCCAGCAUUCCCCCUACCUGCCACAGCACUUGGCCUACUCACCCCUGUGUGGCGGCGGGGCUGGCGCAGGAAGUGAACGCUUUCUCUACCUUCCUCCUUAUGCUCCGACACACAUGCCUUCUUCAUUAGCGUCCCCCAUGAGGAUCCCUACAGCUGCCACUGCCACCACCGCCCCCACACUUUCCCCCCUUAUCCACUGUCAGGAGAAGAGCCUGUCUGGGAUCAGUUCCAGGAUGCACCAUGAGCCGUCUGCUUUUGGGCCCCACCACCAGCAGUCGCACCAGCAGUCGCAACAGCUCCACCAUCACCAGCAGCAGCAUCAAGCACAGCAGCUGCAGUCACACAGCGACAGGCAGCACAGUAGCAAGCAAAGCCGGACGCCCUUGGGUAAAGGGACUAGCGGUGGCAGUCUUGCAGCUGACUCCCCACUCCUUUUACUGCAGUCGCCCCACACAACCUCUCGCCUCCAUCCACCUACCACCCAACCCCUCACCCUCAGGGAGAACCCCCUGGACUUUCAGAAGCCUCUCCCCAGGGUUCCAGCAACCCCCUGCCCAUCAGUGUCCCUUCCUUUCUCCUGGCCCCCCAGCAUGGCCCCUGAGAACCCUUCUCCAGCCCGACCUACCACUCAUAAGCCCAAAUCCCGGGAUGCAGCAACAGCUGAAUCCCGAAACAGCGAGCGCCAGGAACGGAAAACAAGCCGGUCCCCCUCGACAGCGGAAAAGCAAAAGCAGCAGAAGCACCAGCAGAAGCAGCAGCAAACCCCCACCAAAGGUCCAGCAGACAAGCCCUUGGAUCUGUCUGCCAAAGUUGUAGACUUUGGCGGUGCCCCAGAUGGAUACUCCCCCAAGGAAGAUGGCAUUGCCAGAGUGGGCCACUCACCAACCGGCCGUUAUGGACUGCUUCUCCAGGACACCUUGUCCCCAUCCGCUUCUGCUGUGAGCGCCUCCUCCACUGCUCCUGAGAGACCUGAAAUGAUCAGCACUUUACGCUCCUCCUGGGUGGUUCCUGGCCCAGGCCCCCCAACCUCUUCACAAAGCAAGAGCCCAGCUGUGCUAAAAAACAAGACCCUGGAACGUGUUCUGCCCCAGCAACGCAGUUCCUCCUGCCCCAGGAUUGGGGAGUCAAACAGCUGCCCUGCCACUAAUCCAGUCCCUGGCUUGGUGCCGAGUUUGGGUCGUCCGGCUUCUGCCAGUCCCUCGCCCAAUGGCGAGCGGCCCAAGGCAAAUGCUGAUCACUCUGAAAAAAUUGCCCCAGGCAACCAUGCUGGCAACCAUCCAUCCUCUGUCAAGCAUAACAAAGCAUACAAAAGAGGUGAGAGCCAGGAUUUGGGCUAUAAGCAGCAAAAACAGCAUCUGCAUCUGGAGAAUGGGCACACACCUAGCCACCUGUUUCUACCACAGAACGAAGCCUUUCUCCCUCCUGCUUUGGCUUAUGCCAACAGAUACCUACCCUACCCUGUCCCAGAGGGAUUGUCUCUUGCUCAUUUACCUUUGCCAGGGAAAGGCCCAGUCUACCCACCUACAAUGAUGAUGGGCAGUGGCAGCCUCUAUCCAGCACGCCUGCCCCCAAAGCACAGCCUCCCAUAUGGACUGCCCGCCAGCCGGGGUGAAUUUUUGACUUACCAGGACUCCCAGGAAAUGAUUCACCCCUUGAUGUCAUCUCCCCGUGUGUCGCUGGAGGCUAAAGCCAAUGAGAGGGCUGAGCGGAGGUCGAGGUUGCAGGAUCGGCCUGGGCAGAUUGAGGAGUCUGCUCCCAAAAGCCGUCCCACGACUGAAAGGAUUGACCCAACUUCCAGGCCAGGCAAGGAGACCCCGAUUGACCAGGCAAGCCAGAGUACAAAGGAGCACAGAAAGCCAGUGACGGACAAAGCAAGAAUUGUUUGCAUUGACUUGAUCCAGGACGACGCAGAUCCGGGAACCAAAUUGGCCAAUCAAAGCAGUCCCAACAGCAAGAAAGGAGAUGCCACUAAGUUAGGUGGAUUUGAGGUUAAAGGACAGCAGCUGAAGGAGCUUCUCUCUAGUGUGGAUGCAUCUCUAAAACUGGCAGAGCCGGAAAGGCACCCAAGGAUCUGCAGCCCGUCCAAGCAGGAGGAGCAGGGUUGUGCCACCCCAAGCUUCUGCUUAGAACAGCACCUAUCUCCACACCAGAGUCAAGGCCAGGACAGCCCAGUCCGACCCAGCACCCUCCCAGACUUUGCAGAGCAGCAGACUUUCUGCUGUGCCAGGACAUCUGGGACAAGGGGGGUAGAGGAUAUAGCCUCCAUAGCUGAAAGGCUGGGUUUCCAUCAGCACCUCUUCCAACACCACCACCACGGCUUUGACAAGGAAAGCCUGGAUGGGGACACACAUGAUGAUGAUGACGAUGACCACAACUCUGCCGGAUCUAGGAAGUCCAACCUGGCCAAGCGGAUUGCCAACUCGGCUGGUUACGUGGGCGAUCGCUUCAAGUGUGUCACCACCGAGCUGUACGCCGACACCAGCAAGCUGAGUCGCGAGCAGCGAGCACUGCAGAUGGAACGAUUAUCACAAGAGGACAGUAAUUUAAGUCAACCUGCUGCUAACUGUGAGCGUGCAAUGAUGCGUUUCUCCGAGCUGGAACUGAAGGAAAAGGAGGGCAGCGCGGCAGUGAGAGACCCUGCAGACAGGACGCACAGCGAGACACCUUGGGAGGUACAGAGGGAGAGCAGAGAGAGGACUGCAAACAUCGGCAAGACAGGCCAGGAGACGGAGGCCUGUGGGGAAGGUGGAUCAGCUGUCCCUCCGGAAAAUGAACAGUUGGUUGAGGGGGGGGGCUUGCAGCCGGAGGAAAAACAACAAAGCCAGCCGAGGGAGGAUGUCGGCCUCAGUGCUCCCCCGGCACUGCCCAGGAAACGUAAACACAGCAAGGAAAGGCCCCAGGAUGAGGGGAGCUGCUGUGACAGUGCCUCUGAGGAACUGGGAGAGGACGGCAAAAGAAAGAGGAUUCUGAGGGACGACUGGUCGGAGAAGGACUUCACCAACCCGUCCGCUGAGCACGUCUUGGAAGAGUCUUAUUGCAAUGAAGUGAAGAACCUGAAAGUGUGCAUUGAGCUGACAGGACUGCACCCCUGCAAACAGCGCCACCUCCAGCACCUACGGGAGCUCUGGGAGCAGCAGCUGUCACCCGAGAGGCCGACACCGCCCCUAGCACCGUCACCGACACCAGCCUCCCCCGGUGCACACAGCAGGAAGACUGACUCUGCUGAGCCCUGCCAGCCAGAGGCCACAGCUAACGAAAGGAAGGUCAAAGUCAGCUUGCCUGAAGAAAGGCUCAGCAGGAAAAGGUCAGAGGGCAAAAGCAAUAGAAGCUGGUCGGAAGAGCGUCUUUGUAGGAGUGACACAGAGAAAGGUUUACCCACUCUUCCUACCUCCCCACUGUGCAAAGGGACGUGCCCUGAAUCGGGUUCGACCACAGAAGCUGUGCUCAGGAAAAAGACCCCCCAGUCUGGGUCCCGGCUCUCUGACAAGCGACAGAGGUUGAAGGAGCACCGCAAGACCAGCGGCUUGUGCAAGUCCCCUGCGGCAGGGAAGGAGUGCGACACGCCCAGGCUGCAAAGUGACGUGGACUUUGAGAAACCCAAAGGGAAGCGGCAGUGCAAAACCAAACACAUCAGCCUGAGGGGGCGCAGGAGGACAUCUGUGACCGGAGAUGAGAGCACCGACGCUGAGCACGGGGAAGAAAAGGUCAGCGUAAAGAGAUCCUCCAGAAAACGGACAGCCUCUAUUUCGGAUUAUGACUCUUCGGCGGCCAAGCCUAGCGCCCCCAAGGCCUGCCCCAGCCUCUCACAGACCCCCAGCCUCUUGCAGUUGCCGAGCACCCACCCUUCCCCUCUGCCUGUUGGGAACGCCCCUCAGGAGACCCCCAUCAGCCGACCCAUGCCACCUGAAGCGAGAAGGCUGAUUGUGAAUAAGAAUGCCGGCGAGACGCUGCUACAAAGGGCUGCCCGUCUGGGUUACGAGGAAGUGGUUCUAUACUGCUUGGAAAAUAAGGUGUGUGAUGUGAAUCACCGUGACAACGCCGGGUACUGUGCUCUGCAUGAAGCCUGUGCCAGGGGCUGGCUGUCCAUCGUGCAGCACCUCCUGGAGUAUGGAGCUGACGUCAACUGCAGUGCCCAGGAUGGAACCAGGCCUCUCCAUGACGCUGUGGAGAAUGACCACCUGGAUAUCGUUCGGUUGCUGCUUUCCUAUGGGGCGGACCCCACUCUCGCCACCUACUCGGGGCGCAGCAUCCUCAAGAUGACCCACAGCGACCUGAUGGAGAAGUUUCUGUCAGAGUACUUUGCUGACCUGCAGAGCCGAAGAGACGAUGACCCUGGCCUGUACUGGGACUUCUACGGCAGCUGUGUGUGCGAGCCAAACGAUGAAACUGCAGCUUUUGACAUCCUGGCCAACCCACCGGGGCCCGGCGACACUGAUGAGGAGGAGGAGGACUUUAAAGAAGUGUUUGCGUUCGAGUUCUCUGACCGCCCGCUCCUGCCAUGCUAUAACAUCCAGGUGUCUCUCUCUCAGGGGCCUCGGAACUGGCUGCUCCUUUCAGAUGUGCUGAAGAGGCUGAAGAUGACGUCCCGUGGGUUCCGCUGCAGCUUCUCUCACAUUGAUGUGGUGACAAUCGAAGAGGCAGAGUUUUACAAGCAGGCAUCGCUCAGCCAGCUCUUGACAUGCCCCGAGGACCUGGAGGCCUUCGUCUCCGACAGCAAGGAGCUGCUGGACCUGGUGGAGUUCACCGACGAACUGGUGCGGCUGCUGGGCUCCACGCUGGAGUGCCUGGAUGAGAAGCGGGGGGGAGCCACCGUCUCUCUGGACAGGUCCUGACCUUCCAGGCAUUCACUGAACUCUCACCAGAGGAUUUAUAAAUAGAGAAAUUUAAAUAUAUAUGUAUAAAUAUUUGUACAUAGUGUACAUAUGUGUUACAUAUUGGAGAAAACAAAGACUGGAUAACAUCACUGCCUGGACAAAUGGAUUAUUCCGAUAUCAUUUAGAAGGAUUUUGUUUUUAUAUCUGGUUUUAUAGAUUGCUUUCUUUUUAAACACCUUCAUAAUGUCUUCUCUCCACCACCCCCAGUCAGAAUAAUGUAUACAUUUCAAGGGUCAAUUUUACAAUUUUUUUUCAUUUGGAAAAACAAUAUGAGAACAGAAGAAAUUGGCGCUUUAUAUAAUAGUGUGUGUCUAUCUGCCACAUGACUUUAGGGAGAUUUGUUUUUUGUUUUGAUUUAUAAUUAUUUAACGUGGUGCACUUCCAAAUGUUUGAUAGUAAACUUGCCUGCCUCGGGCAGGUGAAAAUAUAUUGGUUGAAAUCAAGUUAUUUUUUAUGUGAAUGGAGUUCUUUUCCAGUCUAAGCAAGACACCUCUCCUAUUUUUUUUUUCUCUCAAAGUUUAAACUUCAGGAGAAAUUAUUUUAUACCUGUGUUCUGACUUUGGUUUUAACUUUAGAUCUUUUUAUUUAAAGAUGAAAAAUUUUAAAAUAUUUUUUCAUGUGGUUUUUUGUAAGAUAUUACAAAUAAAAAUACUAAAAUGUUUGGCAGGAAAACCAGCCUGAACUUUGUAUAUAAAAGGGUGAUGAUUACAGUAAAUGUUUCUGACUGAUGUAUGUAUUGUUUUUUGGAUCUGUGUUAAAACUUCUUUGAUUAAAACCAAAAAAACCCCACCUUAUUUGUAUUUAUAUUUUACAAAAAAAAGUUCCUUUUAAAUAAAUGGCAAUAAAACAGUUAAGACUGUCA